AUUUAUCCGCUAUAUAAAACACAAACUCUCUUACAAAAACACACUCCAACUUCAAUUUUCUCCAUAUAUACAAAAAAAUAAUCCUCAUUUAGUAACUAAUUUUCUUUGAAAAUGAAAAUUUUAAUUUUCCUAGUGAUGUUUCUUACUUUAGUGUUAGUAACAAAUGGGAUUAAUAAUCUAGUAGAAACAACAUGCAAAAAUACACCAAAUUAUGAUUUGUGUGUGAAAACUUUCUCAUUAGACAAAAGAAGUGAAACAGCAGGAGAUAUUAAAACACUGGCAUUAAUUAUGGUUGAUGCUAUUAAAUCUAAAGCUAAUCAAGCUUUUAGUAUUAUUUCAAAUCUUAGGCAUUCUAAUCCUCCUCAAGCUUGGAUACAUCCCUUAAAGGAAUGUGCAUUUUCAUAUAAGGUAAUUUUAACAGUAAGUAUACCAGAAGCAAUAGAAGCAUUAACAAAAGGUGAUCCAAAAUUUGCAGAAGAUGCAAUGGUAGGUACUUCUGGAGAUGCACAAGAAUGUGAAGAUAAUUUCAAGUCUAAAUCUCCACCACUUUCUAAAUUAAACGUAGAUGUUCAUGAUCUUUCUGAUAUUAAUAGAGCUAUUAUAAGAAAUUUAUUGUGAUGUGUCAUGUUACGUUACGUUACGUUAUGUUACAUGUGUCCAUCAUAAAAUUAUUGACAUGUGUAAUGUACCCCUCUUAAUAAUUAUAAUAAAUUAGUUACGAAAAAAUUGU